CAGACGCUGCCUUCAGACACAGUGAUUUGAUCUGACCAGACAGAAUGCAAAGGGUUAAGGCAGCAAGAAAAUAGCCAACCACCGCCUGGGCUGCCGUCUUACGCUUCAGCAGAGCAGGGAACACGUCCCGGGCUGCUCAGACACCAUGGGUACCAGACUGGGAACACUUAUCUACUCUUUUAUACUUGCAUCAUGGGUGAUCUUAGCCUCAGGGACACAGCACUACCAGGAAUCCAAAGAGCUGCCGCUAAAUAUUGAAGAAGCCCAUUUGGAGACAAAGAAAUCAAAGAGAGCAACAGAUUUCGCUACUGACGAGCAGACCGGUCUUUUCCUUCCGGCCGACAGCCCCGAAGAUUCUGAUGUGGGCCCAGCCGGGGGGGAUGCUUCCGACCUUCCAACCUGCCUGCUGUGUGUGUGUCUGACUGGAUCGGUGUACUGUGAGGAAGUUGACCCGGAUAUGACAUCGGUGCCGGCUCUUCCUAAAGAGACGGCUUAUCUUUAUGCACGCUACAACAAGAUAAAAAAGCUAAGCCAAAAGGAUUUUGGAGAUAUCGUGACUCUGAAAAGAAUUGACCUGACUGGAAACCUCAUCAGUGAGAUUGAGGACGGGGCCUUCUCAAAGCUGACCCUGCUGGAGGAACUCACCCUCGCUGAGAACCAGCUGGUGCGGCUCCCAAUGCUCCCCACCAAGCUGACUUCCUUCAGCGCCAAUCACAACCGACUCAAGACAAAAGGAGUGAAGGCAACUGCAUUUAAGAAACUGACCAAACUGAGAAGUCUGUUUCUUGCACACAACGAGCUUGAGGCUGUUCCCAUGAUUCCAGAGAGCGUCCGCACACUCCACAUCCAGAACAACAACAUUUCCACUGUUAACGUCGACACCUUCUGCAAAAGCAACGACACCUACUACAUCCGCCCAAACUUGAACGAGAUCAGAAUGGAUGGAAAUCCAGUUAUCCUUGCGCAGUACCCAAACAGCUUUACCUGUCUCCAGUCUCUGCCUAUUGGACGGUACCAAUGAAAAUAUCUUUGCAUAUAAUGUCACGUACACCCCUAAAAACAGGUGUUUAUUGCAUCAAACGUCAUCAAACAUGAACCGAAGGGAGGUUCAUGUCCUGUUCUCCAGAAAAAAGCAAAACCUGGGUACGAAAUGUUUUUUGGGGGUUUUAUUUUUGGCAACUUGAUUACUUCAACAAGCAAGUGUCAAAUGGAACUUCCUGCCUUUCUCUUAAUACUGAUGAAUCUUGUAAAUGGAAGUUAAAUAUAAAAGUAUAUCUAGUGUAUAUAACCCUUUCAGUGAAAGCUGCUGCAUAGUAAAUUCAUGGCUUCCAUUACAACUGGACUCCAGCUUCCAGGAAUUUUUAGCAUUCCUCCUCCGAAUCACGUGAAUCUCUUUCAUUUGUACUGUUUAAGAGUCUUACUCUGGUUAAAAUAGAGAAACAUACUACGUUAACAGAAAGAUGACAAUAUAUAUAUGCAUUUUCGAUGAUGUCAAAACCGCUUACACCUGGCAUUAGCAUACAUUCUGGGUGAUCUGACUAUAAAUGAUUGCCAGAACACGUACAAAGCGCCUGAUUUUAAACUGCUUGUGAUCUGAUAUAUUAGUAAAAUUCUGCUAGAGACAGGGCAGGUUAAGUUAAGGGUCCAGAGGUCCAGUUUUCCAGUUUCCAGUUUUUGUGCAAAAGCCAUGAGUAUCUAUUUGCUUAUUACUGCAGCAUGCUCAGCUACCCGGUGUGGAUAGUACACCGUGUGGUCUUGCGGUUAUUUUAUAUCAUUCCUGUCCAAUAAACAACCAAAAAUUGGAAGUCAAUGCAAAAAGAGUUUAAUUCAAGUCAUUGUGGAUAAUUUCUAUUUAUUCAUCAAUACAUUUUGACACAGUGGAAAGGACAGUUUGUGUGUUUCUCAAUGAUGUAGUAAACUAAAAACACAAGUAGUGAUGCUAACGUAGUGAUGUGGUUAGUGUGGCUGGUUCCCUGCUGUUGGAGAUGCAUUUGACGGCCACACUACAACAAUAUUGUAAUGCGGACAUGUUUCACUGAACACCUCUGAAUGUGGUUUAAGUGACUGGAUUACAAUCCAAGAGUCUUUGAGACGUAUUGUACUCAGUUAACACCUGUACUUUCUGCUGGACACUUGUAAUCAGAUCAUCCAGAAUGCAUGGUCACGCUACUUACAGUAUGAAUGGGAACUCAGUCUAUCCUGAUAACUGUCUUAUUUUGAAUUUUCCAAAGAAUUAUUAACUUUAUUUAUGUGAUGCAAUAGUGAUUACUACCUAUGUGUGAAUCAUCUAGUAGGCUGUACAGUAAUGCAUUAUAUUAAAUCCCUAUGCUAUGUCUUCUGUAGUUCUUUAAAUAAAACUUGAGUUUUUUUGUAAA